AUGCGCAUAUUUAAGCAUAGUCGAUUACUAAAAUUAUUAGAAAUCUGCGAAAGUCCUCAUCAUAUUUAUUUAGUACUUGAAUAUGCAUCGAAUGGAGAGUUAUUUGAUUACUUAAUCAGUCGAGGCUGCCUAUCCGAGGCGGAAGCCAUGCAUUUCUUUAGACAAAUCAUAUUCGGCAUCGAUUUUCUUCAUUCCAGAUCAAUUUGUCAUAGAGAUAUUAAGCCAGAGAAUCUUCUCUUAGAUGAACACAACAAUAUUAAGAUAGCUGACUUCGGUUUUGCUAGAAUUGCAAGUUCUGAUCCUCUUACCACUUAUUGUGGUUCAAUUUACUACGCAGCUCCAGAAAUCGUCAAUGGAGUUCCAUACCAUGGGUUCCCUGCUGAUAUUUGGAGCUGUGGAAUUGUAUUAUACACAUUAUUAACAGUAUGUUUUUUAAUGAAAUUUUAA